GGGACGUGGGCCUCUCUGCCCGCCCCAGACCAUAGAGACCGGCGAGCGCGGAGGCCUCCAGGCGCCGCGAUGGCUAGAAUGCUUGGCGUUUGCAGUCGUCUGCGCUCUGUUUCAUCCUGGGGAAGGCAUCUCCAAAAUGCAGCUUCGUUGGGACAGUGGGAACAGGCCUCAUCAUGUUCCUUUAGAACUUGCGCAGUGCUGCAGCUGCAUGGCUGGCAAAAUCCUGCCAGCCAGGUAGUCUUGCUUAGAUGCCUGGGCAUUUCAGCUCCUUCUCAGUGGGUCCAGGAGCAACAUACCACUGAGAGCACCAAAGACUUCAAACUGAUCUACAGGUUCCCUGGAAUCAAGUACUGCCGAGCCUUGUCAAGGCUGAAGCUGAUGCAGACUGCCUUAACAGUAGUAGUUCUCCCUCCAGUCUGGUUUUUCUACUGGCAAAACCAAGUUACCCAAGCCCAGUGCCUCUAUAGCACAGGCAUUGCGUGUUUUGCUGGCAUCAUGCUAUAUGCCAUGAGCUAUUAUUUCCGGCGAAUCAUCGGAAUGAUGUACCUGAACAAAGAUGGUACAGUGUUAAGAGUGUCACAUUUGACUUUUUGGGGGAAGAGGAAGGACUUCUGCUGCCCAGUUGAAACCAUAAUGACCUUGGAUGACAUCGGUGAAGACCGAAAGGAAGUUUUGCUCCAGUUCAAGCAGUAUGACGGGGAUCAGUUUUUAUACUUCACUCUUCGCUUUGGCCAAGUUGUGGACAAAGAUGGGUUUGCAAAAGUAUUUGGAGAAGUUGAGUAACUGUGACAGCCUGAUGGACAGUUUGCAGAUUAUCUGGAAGGCAUCUGGGGAAGUCCUCUUUAAUUUGCUGUGGAGGUUGAUUAGUUCACACUUGGGCCUACCGUUUUGGGAGCUGUCUCUUGGCUGUGGAUUCACCUUAGCCAUUAGUUUUCAUUGUACCAGGUAUGGAAAGAGCCUGACUACUAUGGUAAUGCACAACAGCACCUGCUUCACUGAUGGUCAGUGUUGGGCCCAGUUAUAGGUCCUGGGAGGGAGGGAUAGCUGAUGUGGCCAGGGGCUGCCUGUAGAGUAGCACGGAGAGUAAUGGACAGCUUUGUGCAGUCUCGCAACCUGCCUGGCUGUUCUCUGCUUCUCUGCAUAUGCUGUGGGCUUCCAGAUGCUUGACAGCCAGUCGUUCCUGGAAUUAUUGGCAGGAAUCAACAACAGAUGAUGUCUUAAGUCCUGAGAGAUGAUAAUACCUCAUGGCUGGGGGCUGUGGUGAGUUGCGUGGCCUCGCUUCACAGAGUGUUGACUUCAAGGGAACAAUUACUGCUUCUUUGAGGCCGGGACCUUCUAAUCCAUAGAUCUAGAAUGUAUUGUUACACUUCGUUACUUAUCACACUAGAGAAUGGUUGGGCUCCAGCAUUAAAAAAUAUCCAGUCUCUUUGAAAAUGGUUGUCUUCUGCUGCUUGGGUCAGGUUGUGAAGCCAGUUAAUAUCAGAAGGAAGAUUGGGGGUGGGGGAGAUAAAUAACGUUGGCCAAAAUUUGGAUAAUUGCCAAACACAGGGCUUGAAAAAACAUAUUGCUCAUAGACGGCAGGUUUAAAUGCAACUACGCAACACUAGCCAGUGUCCUAGGUGCAUAAAGGGAUUUGUGCAUAUUUCAAACAUCUUUAA